GGGAAAAUAAUACCACAUUUUUAUCAACCGGUAUAUCGCUAAUGGCCUACGAAACUGUUUCUAUUCACCUCAUUUUACGGUAUACCAUAAAGCAGAUAAGACUUAAUAAAUAUUUUUAUGGCUAGAAUUGAUUAAAUACUUUUUUAUCUUUUGUGAUAAACCUCAUCGCGUUGGGAAUAUAAAAAAUCAUAUUUAUUCAAUUUAAGUUCAUUACUUGUUCAUUGGUCAUUAGUCCCUAUCAAGUCUCUCUGAUUUGUUGUUUUCGCUUGGCUUGGCUGCGACUAGUUGUCAUCAAUUUUUUGAAAUUAUAACCGAGAUGGGGUUACCACCUGUAUUAACUAAGCUAUUUAAAAAGGUUGAUGAAAAUAAGGAGGAAUAUAUUAACAAUCUAAAAGAUGCUGUGGCAAUUAAAUCGGUGUCGGCGUGGCCUCAAAAUCGGGCCGAUAUUAAAACAAUGCUCGAGUGGGCUUCGACAAAACUACAAGCCUUAGGAGCAACCAGUGAACUACGGGAUAUUGGUACUCAAACGCUACCUGACGGAUCAACAAUUCCACUCCCACCUGUUUUAUUAGGAACAUUGAGAACAUGCGCUAGAAAGAAGACAGUCCUGGUUUACGGUCACUUGGAUGUACAACCUGCCUUGUUUGAAGAUGGAUGGGACACAAAGCCCUUCAAACUCACUGAAAAAGAUGGUAAACUGUUUGGCAGAGGUGCUUCAGAUGAUAAAGGGCCUGUUCUGGGUUGGAUUCAUGUUCUGCAAGCCUAUAAAGCAGCUGGUGAAGACAUUCCAGUUAAUGUCAAAUUCGUCUUCGAAGGCAUGGAAGAAUCAGGUAGUGUGGGAUUGGAACCUUUGCUCUAUAGUGAACAGGAUAAGUUUUUGAAAGAGGUCGAUUAUGUAUGCAUUUCGGAUAAUUAUUGGUUGGGUACAGAGAAGCCCUGUAUUACGUACGGUCUGAGGGGUGUUUGCUAUUUCCACCUUGAAGUGGAGUGUGCAUCAAAAGACUUGCAUAGUGGUGUAUAUGGUGGUACUGUACACGAAGCAAUGACAGAUUUAGUCUACUUGCUUGGCACCCUAGUCGACAAAGAUGGCGAAAUCUCGGUCACUGAUUUAAGCAAAGAUGUAGCAGUGCUCACUCCCGAAGAACAAAAACUUUAUGAGAAAAUUUACUUCAACGUUGGCGAAUACAAGGCAGAUAUUGGCUCGAAAAGAUUGCUACAUAACGAGAACAAAGAAAAAAUUCUCAUGCAUCGUUGGAGGUAUCCUUCGUUGUCGAUUCACGGGAUAGAGGGCGCUUUUAGUGAACCUGGACAGAAAACUGUCAUUCCCAAAAAGGUUAUUGGGAAGUUUUCUGUUAGGAUUGUGCCCAAUCAAACGCCAGAGAAAGUUGAGAAGUGUGUUGUAGAUUAUGUGACGAAAAAAUGGAAAGAUUAUGGUAGUCCAAAUGAGAUGAAGGUCUAUCUUGCUCACGGUGGUUCCCCUUGGAUGGAAGAUCCCACUCAUCCCCACUACAAUGCUGCUGUCAAAGCCACAAAGCACGUCUAUGGGGUGGAACCUGAUCUAACCAGGGAGGGUGGUUCCAUUCCCGUGACCUUAGUCCUACAGAAAGCCACAGGAAAGAACGUCAUUCUACUUCCGAUAGGAUGUGGCAACGACGGAGCUCAUUCCCAAAACGAGAAGAUCGAUAUAAGGAAUUAUAUUGAAGGGACGAAAUUGUUAGGUGCCUAUCUUUAUGAAGUUUCUCAACUUUAAAUUCCACAAAAUACCGUAUGAUCGAAAAAAAAACGGCCUCUAGUUGUCUUUGAAAUGACGUACUAUAUAAUGUUGCUGACGGAAUUAAUUUGUAUUUAAUACUAUUAUAAUUAUUAUAUUACAUAUAUAUUGAAAGAAUAAAUCAUUGAUUUUGUUUA